GCAGUUCCGGAAUUUGAGGUUCUGCAAACCACUGUGGAGGCAUGGCCGGUAGUUGGACUGUCCGAUCUUCUUCCCGAAGUGGAACAAGUUGCGUGGAUGACCCCGAUGGAUCUAGGAAACGCCAGCAAAGCUGAGAGGGGAACUUGGAACUUGUCGAGGUGGGCUGCAUAUCCUGCUUUCGUCGCAAUCAUCGGGCAUCCAAGACGAUACGUGUCGGUCAGGAACUGCAAGGUAUCCAACGGCAGUGAUUCCCAAACGCUCGCUGUGGACGCCGAGCUGGACGACGAUGAGGCGGUGAUCAUGGUUCCAGAUGCACCGGUCGGUGUAGCAGCUGGUGGUUCCCCAAUUGACGGAGUGGACUUGAUUUCCCUUCUUCAGAUUAAAUUGAUCUUCUUCCACAUCAACAUUAUGGCGGAGCUCGAUUUGACUCCGAAAAUCAGUUCUUACCUUGACCGUCACAUGGUCUUUCCGUUGCUUGAAUUCCUUUCAAUGAAGGAGAUAUACGAUGUCAACGACCUCAUGGAAGGAAAACUCAACUUGUUGAGCGACACCAACAUGGUUGAUUAUGCCAGGGAAGUUUAUCGCAAUCUUCAUGGAGAAGAUGGAGGUCCGGAGCAUCUUCUUCAGAAAAGAGCGGAUGUUGUUGCACAACUGAAGCAGUAUCAAGAGGAAACUGAGCCAAUCCUGAAUAUUUUCGUGAAGAAAGAAGUGCAGCAACAGUUCAAGACGGCGAGAGAUUUCCGUCAACUGCAGGAGUUUCUGGUGGAAAAUUAUCAAUUCCGGCCUGAUAUGAUAGACACUCUGUACAAUUUUGCGAAAUUCCAAUACGAGUGCGGAAAUUACGCGGGUUCCGCAGAAUACCUUGACUUCUACAGAAUUUUAGUUCCAUCGUCGGACCGAAAUUACCUAAGUGGAUUGUGGGGGAAACUUGCAUCUGAGAUCUUGAUGCAACACUGGGAUGUCGCUCUGGAAGACUUGAACCGAGUUAAAGAUUAUAUCGAAAAUCAAUUGAGCGUGUUUGGUUCUGCCUUGGAAGCUUUGCAGCAGCGAGCAUGGUUGCUUCAUUGGUCCCUCUUCGUCUUUUUCAAUCAUCCGAAGGGGAAGGAUCUGAUAAUCGACAUGUUUCUUUAUCAGCCUCCGUAUCUGAAUACCAUUCAGACGAUGUGUCCACAUCUGCUUCGAUACUUAUCGACUGCAGUCAUUAUCAAUAAGCAGCAUCGGAGAGCAGUCAUGAAGGAUUUGGUCAAAGCUAUUCAACAGGAAUCGUACACAUACAGUGAUCCUAUCACUGAGUUUCUGGAAGACCUGUGCGUGAAUUUCGAUUUUGAUCGAGCACAGCAAAAAUUGCGCGAUUGUCGAGACCUACUCUACCAAGAUUUCUUCCUUACGGCCUGUUUGGAUGACUUCAUGGAGAAUGCAAGACUGAUGAUAUUCGAAACCUUCUGCCGCAUUCACCAAUGUAUUAGUAUAAGUAUGUUAGCCGAGAAACUGAAUAUGACGGAUGAAGAAGCUGAGAGAUGGAUUGUAAAUCUGAUACGCCACGCGCGCUUGGAUGCAAAAAUUGACUCGAGUAAAGGGCACGUGGUCAUGGGAACGCAGGCCGUAUCACCAUAUUCUCAGUUGAUCGAGAAGACCAAAGCGCUCUCCUUGAGAACCCAAAUGUUAGCCCUGCAGAUUGAAAAACGGAUCACCACUGUUCGAGCCGGAGAAGUGAGUCUUUUUUUUUCCCUGGUUCGCAGUGGGGAGGACAGGACUUCUAAGACGCAACAGCGAUGCACCAUUCUGAUUUUCUCUACUAUCCGCCGUUCAGUGAAGAAGAAAAACGCGGCCGUUUCAAGGGUAGCGCAUGUCCUUUGCUCCAUUGCAUUCCUGAGUGUUUCAAGCCCGAAGGUGUUGAGAGCUAUGGAAAGUUCAACGACAGAUCAAAGUAGUGAUGAAUUGUCUACCUAUGGACAGUGCGACAUUUGUGAAGAACAUUCCGCAAAGUAUAAGUGUCCCCGCUGUGAUAAGAGGACAUGCUCAUUAUCGUGCGUUAAAAAGCAUAAGGUACGGUAUGAUUGUUGUGGCCAACGAGAUCGAGCUAAGUUCGUUCCAGUGAAGAAAUUUUCGAAUCUGGACUUGCUUAAUGAUUACCGAUUUUUGGAAGAAGCGGCGCGAGUUGCCGAGCGAUGCCACAAAGACAAAACCAGAUUGAUUUCACGAACUGCACCGCAUUCUUCUUUGCCGCCCAGUGUGGGCUUUGCUGGAUGCGUGGUGCUGAUGAGAGCUGAAGGAAAUCAUCGUUUGGGCGUGAAGAAAGUUGAUUUUUCUAAACGGGGUCCCCGGGACACGGAAUCCCCGCGCGACAAAAUCCCUGACACGAAAUCCCCGCCAUACCCGCGCACAGCUCUUGAUUUGAAGCGUUCUCUGAAAGACAACCUGAAGGGAAAGCUUGUAGUCGAGCAUCCAGAAUUGUUCGUUUUCACGCUUCCACACAUAGAGACUCUCGAUAUCAUUGAAGAAGUUAAUGACCUAAUUGAGUGGGAAGGUCCAGAAGAAGAGAAGGACAUUGACGAUUGUCACCCAUCAGAGCAGGGUUCUCAUCAUGAUGAACCCGAGGGCGAACUGACCGAAGCUGACUUCGACAGGCAUUAUAGCAAUUAUUAUAAAGAGUUUAUGCAGCAUUACGCCAAAAUAUACGGGAUCAAAAAUCCCGAUGAUUUGCCGGAAGAUAUUCGAUUCAAAGCGAACCUGUUCUCAGAGGCCCGUACUGCUCAGUCCUCCGGGCAUGACCACCUAGAAAAAGAGUCGCGGAAACGAAAAAUCGUUUCUUAUGGUGAAAUUGACGAUACGAUCAUAAUUCAAGCGAUAAUUGAAGAGCUUUGGUGUGUUCAUUUUGGAGUGUCAGAGAUAAUGCGGACCGAUUUAGUUGGAAGAUCACAUCAUAGGCUGAUUUGCUUAUCCUUUGCGCAUGACGUGAGUUUCAUAUUGACAGCAGCCAUGGUUGGUCUAUUAUCCUCCAUACCGAGUCGACAUGAUGUGGGCACGAUAAUCAAUUUAUACGAGGAUCAGAAUUUGGGCGUAUUACGAACAGAUCUGAAAAACAUUUAUGUUUUCUCUGUCGACGUAGUGAAGAAUGGAAUCUCCAUCGCGGAAGGAUCUCGUGUACGUUUUAACCUUGAUGCCAGAAGUAAUGUAACUGCGUUAGAUGUGGAGACAAUGGUGAAAUCAAGAGAGGAGAAAGUGCCCGCAGAGAUCGAGAUUGCCGAAGAAUCUGUCUUGAAAAAUUGUGAGGUGGAAAUCGAGGACUCCGACAAAAAUGUCGAGGAUACCGACCAGAUCUCCGAUUGUCAAGAUAACCUGUCUGACACACCCAAGGUUAUUGAUGCCGCUGAAAAGCUUCCUUCUUGGCCAGAGAUCAUGGUAGUGGAAGGAAUCGUGCAGAAAGAAGCAGCAGAUGAAGUUACUGUGGAAAUCGAUAACGGAGACACAGUACGUUUUUCGAAAAAGCUAUGCUGCGGAGAAUUCAAAGAUAAAUGGACUUUCUUGGAUCGUGAUCUGGUCUUGCUUCGAAUCCGGAAAGGCACCAAGGACGUUGAAGUUUUGUCCUGUGCUGUGCGUUACCGAGAAGUUUGGUCGAAAGCUGAGAUUUCAUCAGAUAAGACCCGUUUAAGUUAUAAUGGGAAUUCGAGCCUAAUCUCGAAUGCAAGGCAUGGUGUUCUCAAAGACAGCGAUGAAUUUUGUUUCGCCGUCGUGAUUAAGACGGCCCGUGAGAGGGUGCCGUGGCGUUCAGUCGAUAUACGACGUUCAUGUUCGAACUUCCGUGGGCAAGAAAAUCCGUUGUCGCAAGCUUUUCACACGAAUUUGAUGCUCAGGAAUCGUUAUGAUGACGACUGCGAAGACGUUGAAGUUACGUAUGGACUUUCUUUCGGAAUCGUUUCAUUGGGUGAAACUUCCGAUAAGUAUUCAAUGACCGCCAAGAAUCAAGGUACAACCACACGCACUUUGAAGUCCGUGAAAGUUACGAGCAUGGAGAACAUUUUCAAAAUAGUUGAAGGUAGUUUCCCCGUCGACUUGUUACCUGGGGACUUGGAAGCUUUCUGGUUGGUGUGCAGCCUUGAGGAACUCGACGCAUUGCCUCCUUAUUCUACUGGAGAAAUAGUUUUCGAAUUCGAAGACUUCGAUGUUCGCAGGUUGCUUUGUGCUCGGAUGAUUACACCUGAUGAGACUGUGGCCCGGGACGAAUCUGUGCCGGGAGCGGUUUGUAGACCUGGAAAGGCGUAUGUCAAUCGGCCUAAUCGGAAAUCAACCUAUGAGUACCGCUAUGAAAUAGACCCAGAGUUGCGGCGGGCUGUGCUGGAUGGGGAUGAUCUCGGUCUAUGUGCCCCAGUUCUUCAAAGAAAUCUGACGAGGGAAGAUUAUGCGGCGUUUUUUCAGAAACUCGUCGAAAUAGAGAUAGCAGCCAUGGUUGGUCUGUUAUCCUCCAUACCGAGUCGACAUGAUGUGGGCACGAUCAUCAAUUUGUUCGAGGAUCAGAAUUUGGGUGUAAUACGAACAGAUCUGAAAAACAUUUAUGUUUUCUCUGUCGACGUUGUGAAGAAUGGAAUCUCCGUCGCGGAAGGAUCUCGUGUACGUUUUAACCUUGAUGCCAGAAGUAAUGUAACUGCGUUAGAUGUGGAGACAAUGGUGAAAUCUAGAGAGGAGAAAGUGCGUGCAGAGAUCGAGAUUGCCGAAGAAUCUGUCUUGAAAAAUUGUAAGGUGGAAAUCGAGGACUCUGACAAAAAUGUCGAGGAUACCGACCAGAUUUCGGAUCUUCAAGAUAACCUGUCUGACACAACCACGGAUAUUGAUGCCGCUGAAAAGCUUCCUUCUUGGCCAGAAAUCAUAGAAGUGGAAGGCGUCGUGCAGAAAGAUGCAGCAGAUGAGGUCACUGUGGAAAUCGAUAACGGAGACAUAGUACGUUUUUCGAAAAAGCUAUGCUGCGGUGAAUUUAAGGAUAAAUGGACUUUCAUGGAUCGUGAUCUGGUCUUGCUUCGAAUCCUGAAAGACACCAAGGACGUUGAAGUUUUGUCAUGUGCUGUGCGUUACCGAGAAGUUUGGUCGAAAGCUGAGAUUUCAUCACAUAAGGACCGUUUAAGUUAUAAUGGGAAUUCGGGUCUAAUCUCGAAUGCAAGACAUGGUGUUCUCAAAGACAGCGAUGAAUUUUGUUUCGCCGUCGUGAUUAAGACGGCCCGUGAGAGGGUGCCGUGGCGUUCAGUCGAUAUACGACGUUCAUGUUCGAACUUCCGUGGGCAAGAAAAUCCGUUGUCGCAAGCUUUUCACACGAAUUUGAUGCUCAGAAAUCGUUAUGAUGACGACUGCCAGGACGUUAAAGUUACGUAUGGACGUUAUUUUGGAACCGUUUCAUUAGGGGAAACUUCCGAAAAGUAUUCAAUGACCGCCAAGAAUCAAGGUACAACCACACACACUUUGAAGUCCGUGAAAGUUACGAGCAUGGAGAACAUUUUCAAAGUAGUUGAAGGUAGUUUCCCCGUCGACUUGUUACCGGGGGACUUUCAAGCUUUCGGUUUGGUGUGCAGCCUUGAGGAACUUGACGCAUUGCCUCCUUAUUCUACUGGAGAAAUAGUUUUCGAAUUCGAAGACUUCGAUGUUCACAGGUUGCUUAGUGCUCGGAUGAUUACACCUGAUGAGACUGUGACCCGGGACGAAUCUGUGCCGGGAGCGGUUUGUAGACCUGGAGAGGUGUAUGUCAAUGGGCCUUCUUGGAAAUCAACCUAUGAGUACCGCUAUGAAUAUCUGGGUCUCAACGCCGCCCGACACGACCUACCCCUACUAGAGCCAGAUACACGGGGUCAAGAAAUAGAUGAAAUACAGCGUCUGGAGCAAAUGCGAAUUACGGGAGCUAUCUUGAGCGAGGAGGGGGAUUUAUUGGGUAUAGAUGCUUCAAGUUUGUUCGACGAUGAAGAAGAGGGACUGUGUUUGCCUACAUCGCCAGUUAAUAUGUCAGAUGAGAGAGAUUUAGAAGACUUGGUGGAUAUAUCUGACGACACGGAAGCUUUAAACGGUGCUGAAGCUUCAACCCAUGACCGAAUUCUCCUUGAUCAUCUUCUCAGCAUUAAACAGUAUCUGCAACCAGGAAUCUGUGUGUCCAUCACUGAAGCGCGCAGUCUCUCAAGUUGGCUACCCGUGGAUGAUCUGGUGUGGUUCAUGGCUCGUGCCAGAGAUGCUUCAACAGUUCCCAUGAACUGUAAGGAGCACAUCCAGAAGAAUGAAGGAUACGAAGCAAAGAUGAGAGUGGCCAAUGCACGGAUCGUCGUUGCCACAUGGUACAUGUGCGGAUCGAUGCCUGAGAAACUUAACCAAGGAUCUGGACCUUUCACGCAUGUCUUCGUAGAUGAAGCUGGGCAUAUGACGGAGCCUAUGUGUUUGGUGCCAUUGACUGCUAGCCGCAAUUGGACUCGCAUUGUGCUAGCUGGGGAUCCGAUGCAGUUGUCACCAGUCGUUUUCUCCCGCGUCGCGCAAAUGUACAAGCUGAAACGAUCCUUUAUGGAGAGAUUGAUGGAAGAUCAUUCUUUCUACAUGAAAGUUGAAGAUAAAUAUCGCUGGGAGUUCGUGACGCAAUUGGUGAUGAAUUACCGAUCUCAUCCGAUGAUCCUGUCCAUGUAUUCAAACUUGUCAUACGACGGAGUGCUUCAGGCGUGUGUGAAGCCUGAAGACAACUUGGAUUGGAUUCCUCUCACCUUUCGCAGAUUUUAUCCGUUCUGUGUGAUAGGAUUACACGAUAGUCACUGUGAACGCUUGCGUAAAAAUCCGUCACCCUUCAAUAUGAAGGAGGCGUAUGAAGUGACUCGCAUGAUUCUUGUCACCCGAUUGUUCGGGUGCCCCAACAAUCGGGUGACCAAACCGCAGUUUGGUGGGCUGGGGAUUUGCGAGGCCAAGAACUGCCCUGGCUGGCGGUUGGACCGACUGGCGCUUGACGACCGGCAGGUGCGCGACCGUGAAUUGACCGACCGACGGCUGACCGGACACGCUUUUUCUCAGAACUGGAUUUCGCAUAUUGUGAAUGAUUUCAUGGCGCACGGCAUGGUUCUGCAAUCUGACAUUGGCGUGAUUUCUCCGUAUCGAAGCCAAUGCCGCAGAAUCCAGAUUUUCCUUCGAAACUUUCCAGACAUAAAAAUUGGCACUGUCGAAGAAUUCCAAGGAGCCGAACGGAAAAUUAUUAUCCUUUCCCUAGUACACACGUGCCACGACGGUAGGAAAGGAAAGCUUUUCUGGUCUGAGUCGUUUUUCGCUUCUCGAAAGCAUACGAAUGUUUCGAUCAGCCGGGCGAAGCAAUUCCUCAUUGUGAUCGGGGAUGUGCCCUUGAUGAGGAAAGGCAAAAAGAACUGGGGGACGAUUUUGGAGCUCGCAGAAGCAGGCGGAGGCAAACAUUUGAAAUGUAGCAAGAAAGCAUUCAAGUGAAACUUGGAUUUUCCAGUUCGCUCUUGUGUUCAAAUCAAGCGAGUGAAUCGUACUUCUCCGAAAGAACUCGACUUUUUUUCACCUUUCUUAGCUGGAAUAGUUUUCCAUCAAGUUUGUAUUGGCUUAGUUGCAGGCCAGCAAGGUUUCAUGCAUGGUGAUGUCGAAAAAGUAUUCUGUUUCGGUGCACAAGUACAGAAAUAAUUGUGCGAUGAGAUGUUCCAACUUGGGACGCGUUUUGUGACAAAAUGGUGUGAUUGUGUUUGCAUGCGUCGUGUGUGAUCAAAUUUGAUACUUUUCGGUAAUUAAUUCGUUUUGACAAUACUGUGCAGUGAUCAUUUCCCCGAGUGAAGAAGUACACUGCGUUGCGCUCUUGUUGAGGAACGUGAAGAUCAUUCGACCGGUUGAAGAUAAAAUAAAAAUACCGAGGUCAGCUCUCGAUAGUCCAUAGUUUUUUUUUAUUGUUAGUAAGCGCUAAAAUUUAGUUUUUUUCAACGAUUUGUUUAUUGUAGGUGCCGGAUAAAAUCCCGUUGGCCCGAAAAUCUCGCAGGGCUGACCCACCAAAGUUGACAGAUCAGUUAUGUUUUGGCAAUUUCCAAAUGUUGUAACAUUGAUCUAAAUUGAGUAGAUCUGGAUUAAUCUGGGCUCCAGCAUUCUUGAAAGCCAAGAACUGAAUCCAAUUUCACCUUACAAUGCCUUCGAUGAUUCCAACAUGCAGUACAAACCUGAUGAAUGAAAUUUGACUUCAGAACUGCAUUUAAGCAGUGGAAUUUCGUUCGCACGAAUCUUAUGACUAAUUCAUGCUUAUAAUAAAUUGGUUUUUAGUCCCUGUUCAACAGCCAGAGUGAUUUUUUUUUUCAUUGCAACGAAUGUUUGUUCUUCAAGAUCGCCAACGCUUUUUUGUGAAGAGAUCAUACUGUACAGUACUUGUUUAAUAAAUUUGAAUUUGUCUACGCACCACCGCUCAAUUUGGUUAUCAAAAGAGGCUUUUUC